UAAUUAAUUCCCGGAAAAUUAUCCGAGCGAGAUUUAACCACAUCGAAAGAGAUUCUCUCUGAUCGGAGUUUGAUCCGAUGGCGAAAGAAUCUCCGUCGUCUUCGUCGUCGAUGCCCUCAGUGCUCAGAGCCUACGCGGCUCCUAUUUUCAUAUUCGUCCUCGCUAUGUUCUUCCAGCUUUUCCUUCUUCCUCGUUCCUUUCCUACUUCUCACUACGACGGUACCAUCUCUCUCUCUCUACUCUAUUGUCCAACGCACUAUGUGUAUUGCCUUACUGGUAUAUCGUCUGAUUUGAGUUUCUUUUCCGUUUGUGGCUUUUUAGUUUUGGGUGUAAAGACGUACGGUUCAGAGGAUGACGUGAGAGAGGCGUACGAGGCUAUUGCUUCCAAGUGGAAUUCAGAUUCAGGAGAUGCUCGUCCCGCUGAUUUUAUAAAGAUACAAUACGCCUAUGAGCUUUUAACAAAUCCAGUAUGGAAAAGGGACUAUGACCUGUAUGGCAUUGAUGAAUCACUGCAUAUUAUAGAGGAGCUUGAAAAACAAUAUGCUGUGGAAGAUUUUGCAAAAAUAAAAACUCCCCUGCUGGAAGCGGUCUCUUAUGAGCCUGAACAUGAAGGUUUUAUGGCAAUUACGUCCCAAGACUUUGCGUCUAAGUUCCAAGAUUCGAAGCCAUGGCUCAUUCAGCUGUAUUCUUCUGGUAGCAACAGCUCUGCUCAGUUCUCUAUGGCCUGGAGAAGGAUUGUUGACUUGUUGGAUGGGGUUGCUAAUCAUGCGAUGGUAGAGCUAGGUGAUGUUCGACUUGUGACCUACCUUGCUGAGAAGAAAACAACAGGACAAGUACUUUUUAGAAACGGCCUUCCUUCAAUUGUCGCUUUCCCUCCCCAAUGCAAAACUGCAGAUUGUCUUAUCAGGUUUGAAGGAGAGCUGUCAACAGACGCAGUUACUGAUUGGUUUGCAACCACGGUACUGGAGUUGCCUAGAGUAUUCUAUCACACAAAAGAAACACUGGUACCCAAGUUUCUCGCCAAAGUUCCACCUAAUAAGGUGAGAGUCAUUUUAUUUUCACAAACAGGGGAGCGAGCCACUCCUUCUGUACGCCAAGCUGCAAAAGAUUAUUGGAAUUUUGCCUCUCUAACUUACGUGCUUUGGAGAGAAGAGGAUGCAUCUUUUUGGUGGAAUGCGUUGGAGGUGGAAUCUGCACCUGCCAUGGUGAUUAUGAAGGAUCCGGGUUUAAAACCUGUUGUUUAUCAUGGAUCUGGCAACCGUACAUGGUUUUUGGACAUUUUGGAGCAGAACAAGCAAUUACAGCUUCCUCAACUAAGUAGCACAACAUCAAUGGAACUUGGUUGUGAUGCACGUGGCUAUUCUCGAGCUGGUUUUGAAACAGCGACGUGGUACUGUGCCGUCCUUGUUGGAAGACAGAGCACGGAGCUCAAUAAGAUGAGGGAAACCAUGUGCAGGGUACAAGAUGCUUUGUCAAACCAUGACGAAUCAGACGAGGCUUCCAAGGAUCCUUCAGUAGCUCCAGCAGCUUCUGCGCACAAAAACAAGCGACUUACACUUGCGUGGCUCGAUGGAGAAGUCCAGAGCAAAUACUGUUUCUUCUAUGUUCAAUCGGAAACCAGCUAUGACACGUGUGGAACUAGGAAGUCCCCAAUUGAUGUCCCUAGGAUCUUGAUCAUCCGGUACCAUAGAAAUGCUACAGAAAGUGCUAACGUAGAGAAGAAAUCAAGUAACUGGCCCAAAACUGUUUGGGAAUCUGAAGCUGACGAUGUAGAUCCCGCUGCACAACUUGUCGUUAGUUAUGACGGACCAGCUGAAACUCCCGAGAUCAUAAAGUGGCUAUCUAAAAUGGUUGAAGAUGGUGACAGCAAAAACCUACCAUUCUAUAGAGCGAAAACUCCAGAACUUGUUCCAGAAAGUGCUGAACCGAUGAGGUCAGGAGUCCCGAAAAGCGUGAAAGCAACACAAGCACUCUUGCGCUUAUGGAACAGAAUCAAAGAUUACCUAGCAGACCCAAGAAUGGGACCUACAUUGCUUCUAGGAGCUUUGUUAUCUGCAUGCAGUGUUUGGUGGACGAGAAGCCGAGCAAUCCAACAACCCGUUCAGACAACUCAGCAAUCAUCGACGAAUCAGUCAGACAAUAACACGGAGGAGGAGGAGAAGAAGAAAGAGAGAAAGAGAGAACAACGAAGGAGGAAUGCAAAGGGUGAAGAGGCUCCUGCUUCGAUCACUGAUAACGAACCUAAAGAUGCUGUCCAGAUUCUAUCUUCAGGUUCUGAUUCUGACUAAUAAUAUUAUAAAGCCUUAGGAAUCUUCUGUUACAUUUUUUGUUUUUUUUAGUUAAAGAAUAUCCGAGAUUGAAAUUAAAGUUAUUAAAUUCAGAUCCUGUUGAACAGUUAUAUAUAUUGGAUAAUUUUACAUUAUUUUGAUAAUUUGAAUAACUUUAGUUAAUUUUUUUA